CGCCACCACCAUUCUCACACACACACCCCCACUCCUCACUCUCUCUCUCUCUCUCUCCUCACUCCCUCUCUACAAUGGGGACUCGAAUUCCUUCACACCAGCUUAGCAAUGGCCUCUACGUUUCUGGCCCUCCCGAGCACCUCAAAGAGCGCCAACCCACAAUGGGCUCUCGCUCAGUCCCCUACACCGGCGGCGAUAUCAAACACUCCGGCGAGCUUGGAAAAAUGUUCGACAUCGCCGUCGUCGAUCACCACCCUCCUCCGCCGUCCAAGACCUCUCGCUCAUCAUCUUCUCAGCACAACAGCGGAUCCCUCAGAUCCGCCCCCAACUCCGGGCCCAUCGGGCCCAAAUCCUCCGGCCCGAUGACCCAGCUCCAGCCCACGGGCCUCAUCACCUCCGGCCCACUGGGCUCCUCCGCCGGUCGCCGGUCCGGGCAGCUGGAGCCGCCGGCCGGUUCGGCUGGAAAGGCGGUUUACGGUUCGGCCGUGACGAACUUGAGCGAGGAUGUGAAAUUAGGGUUUAAGCUGUCGAAGCCGGUAAUGUGGGUUUUCGUGGUGGUGGCUGUGAUGGGUUCGAUGAUUGGGGCGUUUUUUAUGGUGGCGGUGAAGAAGGUUUUGAUUUUGCCGGUGGUGGCGGGAAUUGUGGCGGCUGUGACGGCGGUGGUGGUGUGGAAUUGUGCUUGGAUGAAGAGAGGGUUGUUAGGGUUCUUGAAUAGGUACCCUGAUGCUGAGCUCAGAGGUGCCAUUGAUGGGCAGUAUGUGAAGGUUACUGGGGUUGUCACUUGUGGCAGUAUUCCCCUUGAAUCAUCUUUCCAGAGGGUACCAAGAUGUGUCUAUGUUUCUACCGAAUUGUACGAGUAUAGAGGAUGGGGUGGCAAAUCUGCAAAUCCUAAACAAUGCUUCUUCUCAUGGGGAUGUAGACAGGCAGAGAGAUACGUGGCUGAUUUUUACAUAUCAGACUUCCAAUCUGGAUUGAGAGCUCUGGUAAAAGCAGGCUAUGGAGCUAAGGUUGCUGCAUUUGUGAAACCAACAAUAACAGUUGAUUUAACGAAGGAAAACAGAGAUUUGUCUCCAAGUUUUGUACGCUAUCUUGCUGACCGCAGUCUGUCAAGUGAUGACCAUAUAAUGCGCCUGAAAGAAGGGUAUAUUAAAGAAGGAAGCACAGUGAGCGUGAUGGGGGUUGUUAGACGCCAUGACAAUGUUCUCAUGAUUGUUCCUUCAACACAGCCUGUUUCAGCAGGCUGUCAGUGGAUCCGCUGCCUCCUCCCAACAUAUAUUGAAGGGCUCAUUUUGACGUGCGAUGAAAGUCAAAACACUGAUGUGGUUCCUGUGUAGAUUUUUAUUCUUUUGCAUUUCAUUUGAACUUUUUUUUUUUUUUUUAAACUGGCCAUGAGUAAAUAUUGAAAGGUUCAAUCUGAUAAAAACAUCACACAGUGGCCAACCACUCUGCUCAUCAUACCUUCCCAGGAUUUUAAGUGUAUUUAAAAUGACCAUGAAGAUGCAGAGCCAGGAAGACAGAAGAUCAUCUAAUAAGGAUAGUAUAGUUUAGUCGUGUAUUUGUAAGCUUUUUGUGCUUCUAAUGGAGAUCGAGAAGGGGAAGAAAAUGGAUUUCCCCUCUCAGAGCAGAAUGUUAGGAAAAGCCGUAUUGUGAUAAAUGGAUUUUAACUGAUUCUAUAUGUACAUAAAGAAGGUUCCAAAGUUCCUUGUUUUUAAUAUGCAUAUAUUUGAAUUGUUGUGAGGA